GCCUCGUUAUUCAUACCAUAAUCAAUUACAGCUGUUUGUAUCCAAUUAGAAAAGAUGUUAAUCUGGGGAAAAAUAUUUUCUUACGUGUUAUUUAUAUUUGUCAGAUUACUGUAUAUUUCAAUCGUAACUGCGUCGCCUAUCGAAUGUCCAGGGAAAGCUGUUAAUGAAAUACGCCAACAAGCCGAACAAUAUGAGUUAUCAUUUCUCUUUUAUCAUGUAUCGUGGAGCGAUGAUAGUCGAAUAGCCCGAAAGGUAUACGAACACAUUGCACAUUAUUACCGGGAAAACAUUUAUUUCGCUACCAUCGAUUGCUAUCAUCUUGCAUGCAAUUGCAGCAAAACGCACACUUCUGCACUUGGCUCGGGAACACCAAACAAAUGGCCAACUUUAUUAGUACAAUAUGGUCAACGAAUUAGUUUACAAUAUAACGGGGAUUGGAGUUCAACAGCUCUUCAUAUCUUUAUUGACAACCUGUUUCUACCUGUGGAAAGAUUACAUUCGAGGAGUGAGUUAAAAGAAAUAAGAAUGGAAAGGGAUGCUGUAGUAUUGGGAGUUUUUCCUCAUCUUUCCCAACCUGAGUUUCGAAAAUUUGUAAGUGCAAGCGUCAAAUGGCUUGAAACUGAUCCAGAGUCAAAUAUUCGAUUUGCCACAACAUUUGGAAAAUCAAUGGAUAUUAUUAUUGACAAAUUGAAUAAUACUAACCAAACACAAUCACAAAUUUUACUUAUCACUAAUAAAGGUAUAGAGCUGUUGCCAAACAAUUGGAACGUUAGCAAUAUCGUUUCGUGGUUAAAAUCUAAGAUUGUGCUGUCAAUAAAUUCUAUGUACGGUUAUAACUCACCAAAAAAUCUUGCAAAUCAAUUACGCUUGUCACCCGUAUUGACUGUAAUUGCUAAUGACUAUUUCUAUAAAUAUAUGUUUAACUUAACAAAUCCGGAAAUGUCCAUUAAGGACGCAUGUUCUAUAAACUCUUUGUCACGUAAUCUGCUGGUUUUUGAAGAGCUUAGUUAUUUAAAAUAUGCGAUGGACAAAAUUAAACAAUCAAGCCCACAAACCUGUUACGCAAAAGAAUUUGUUAACCUUUGGAAUUUACAUUAUUACUACGGCUUAAAUGCCCACCAUAAGCGAUUGAUGUGCCAAUUGAGUGAUAACUGUGACAAUGAAAAUGGAUUGAAAUACAAUAUUAUGGAACUUGCAAAAUGUAUACGAAGCAACAAAUUUAAUUCGCCUAGAAGAAAAAUAGCGGCCGCAAAAUAUUUAAAAAAGUUUGUUGAAACAAAUUGGGCCGAAUUCAGGUCGAGCCAAAACCAAUCAUUAUCAGUUGUUAUUUUGGAUGAAGUUAAGCACAUGGAUUUUUUUCAAACACUUGGAAUUAAAGAACCAAAUGUAAAUAACUUAGUAACAAUGGUAAUAGCUGAUCGCUUGAAAGAAAAUAUUUUUUUGUCGCAAGAUUUAUUUGCAUACGACAGGUUGGAACACUUUGUGCGGGGUUAUUAUAACAACAGCCUUACAGCGUAUAAAACAACUAGUUACUCUAAAAUAAAACCGGAAAUACCUCAAAGCAAGAUUUUUAUUGAAAACGUUAACAGUGAAAUUCUCAUGAAAAGAAUAGAGCAGUCAAAUUUAACCACAAUUGUACUGCUUUAUUCGCCGCUAUGUACAUUCUCGGCACUUGUAUCACAGGCACUUAUACAAUUAUCAGCUCGUCUUGACGAUUCGUCAGGUGUACAAAUAGUACGCAUCAAUACGCAGUUAGAUGAGUUACGUUGGGAGUUUAAAAUUGAUAAAACGCCCACAUUGAUUGUGUUUCCUCGUGGACGUUCAGCGGAUUCUCGAGUAUUUCCAAUGCAUUUAAAGCUGGAUGUACGGAAUAUAUUUAGCUUUAUAUUGGCUCAAAUGGAACCAUUGGAUCAAUUGAAAGCUUUACUAAGCUAUUGCAAACGCCAAAAACUACAUUCACCUCCAAUGCGAAAAUGUUUGCAGUACAUAAAAAGUAUAGCCGACUACCAAAAAUUAGACAACAUGGAAAAACGAUUAAUGGAUGGAAAUCCCAUUGAUGCAGAACAAUUUAUUGAAUGGACUGAUGUAAACUGGCAAUUAAAAGCUAUAUUCCCUCUAUAUUAAAAAUAAAACUUUUUUAUUUGAUCUCAGGUCUGUAGAACUAUUAAGGAGAGUAUAUAUUCGUAAAUAUCAUAUUUUAUACACAUGAAUGUACAGUUCUUUUACUUUGUAUUAAACACGACUUAUUUUUAAAUUAUUUAUUUAACUUCGAAUUUUUACAAAUCUAUAACGCUUGUUAAUCCUUCAAUAUAACUGAGGUCAUGCGAAAACUCGCUUAUAACCCUUUAAAGUAAGAAUUAGUAAAUAGGUAUAAUCUAAACGCUCAUAUGUUAAGCGGACGAAAUUGUAUUUGGCAAUGAAAUUUUUUAAAGUUCAAUUUUCAUAAAAUUUUUAUAAAUAGCAUAAAUUAACAUAUGAGUACAUCGGCCUUAUCUUAACAGCAUUUUUGGCUGCAAUAAAUGUAUUUCAAGUACAAAUACUGUACUCGGACUUGAAACCAAAAUUUUCAAAACAAACUAGUUUCGAAAAAUUGUUCGCAAACGAUUUCACAAACACAUCCAUACUUUCCGGUUGUUGUUGUUGUAGCGGAAGAACUCUGCCGAGUUGACAGUCCUUGGCCGAGCUGUUUCGACGGGAUCGGACCAUUGGGAGAAAGGUGUUAAUCUAAUCUAAUCUAAUGUCUAAGUUUGUUGCGACCGAAGUCGGGCCGGUGCACGGUGUCAAUGGCUCCAUUGUGAAUGGCGGUCAGUGCAUGUCAUAGUCAGUGUACUGUUCAAUGUCAUCGACUUAGUCAGGAAAAAACCUCUUGAUGUUCCUAGGGAGCUUCAAGCAGACGACUACAGGGGGAGUUUCUGUGAAAAUAUCCCAGCAGAAACUGAUUGGUGGUGAAGACACCAAGAGGCAUCCCGUGAUAGUCCAGAGUGCAGUGUUCUGGUAUGUCUGAAGCUCCUUCGUCUGCCUUGCACUACAUCCAGUCGACCAUACCGGUGCGGCGAAGUUUAUGACCGGCCGGCCGUUUGCCUUGUAUAUUACCAACAACGUUUUUUUGUUGUAUCCUUGCUUCCGUUCAAUCUACAAAAACAAUAGCAUCGAUUAUUGACAGUGAGAACACCUGGUAAACAAUACAGCUGUGAGAAUCAAAGUCUGUUUUUUUAAAUUUCUUUUGUAGAUUUCCUUGUAAACAAAAAAAUUUAAUUAAUAGUUUGUUUUAGUAAGAAAAAGUUAUAAACAUAUAUAUAUAGAUAAUUUUGGUGACAUGGCCGCUCAUUAUAUAGGUACUUCCGACAAACUAAAUGUUAUUGACAGAAAAACUUUCGAAAAUAUAAAGCAAAACCAAGGUACUAAAAAUGAUGAUCCCUUCGGUAAAUUAAAAAAUGCAAAGUUUCGAAAAAAAAGUACUGUGAAGAACAGCGGCAGUGCAACCUUUAAUUUGCUGCAUUUUCUUACUAAAACUUCUAAAGAAAGGAGAAAGGAAACAAAGUUAAAGUACCGAACGGUCUGCAAAUUUGGAAAUCGUGCACAUAAAACCUGGAAGAAACGGGGAAAGACUAGAGAAGGUGGUAAAAGAAAAAAAUACACCAAGUUAAAAAAAGCUAUAUUGAGCUACAGGCAGCAGAAAAUACAAAAUCAACCAAAAAACCAGUUAACAACAAAAAUAUUAGAGGAAACAGUGCAUCUAAUUGAAUCUCUUUCUAUUGAUUCUAAAGAGAAGGAAAAAGAGCCAGUUAGUGACGAAUUUAGGCCUACGCAAGAAUGUGUUAAAACCGUCCACUCGAGGCGAUUCAGAAGUUAUUGUGACAAUUGCACAACUUCUCUUUUGUCAGAACUUACUGAGCAACUACUCCGCGAACUUGAUCGCUUUCAAAAACGUGCAGUAGCUCAAAACGCAAUAAAGGCUCAUGCUCAUCGACGUUUUGUAGUAGGACUUCGUGAAGCCAAUAAUUUUUUACUUGUAAACAAAGUAAAAUUGAUAAUCAUUGCACCAGACUGUGAAACAUGUGAUGGCGAAGACGGACUGGAUGAGAAGAUUUGCAAUAUUAAGAAGCAAUGCCAACAGCAGAAUGUUCCAUAUCUCUUCUCACUAAGGCGUCGUCAAUUGGCAUAUACCUUGUUUAAGAAGGCUCCGGUUGGCUGUGUGGCGGUGCUUGAUUUUGAUGGAGCACGUGAUAUAUUUCUGAAGUUGUUACAAGCGUUAGAGAUAGCAAGAAAAUCUUAUGAAGAUCUUACAAACAAAAAUAAAAUAAAACAAAUCUAAAAAAUUAGAA